AUGAAAGUGGAGAAAUCUCAGCCGGGGAAGGGCCUCUCUCGGCCAAUCCUCACUGGCUUAGCUGGUAUCAUCUUGGCAACUGCGUCCUUUGGGAUCGUCAAAUUCAGUGUGCAGGACAUUGAACCAACGGAUUACUCGCUCAGAACAGAGAAGAUUCUCAGCACUACACCUCUAAUCGACGGACACAACGACCUUCCGUACCUGCUCCGGCUCGAGCUGCAAAAUAAGAUCUAUGACAAUACUACCUUUACAUUUCGCGACGGACUUGCUAGCCACACAGACCUCAAACGUAUGAAAGAGGGUCGAGUCGGAGCACAGUUUUGGUCUGUUUUUGUUGAAUGUCCUGAUAUCAAACAUCUCGACGAUGCCAGUCACAGUGUUCGCGACACUCUGGAGCAAAUCGAUGUAGCCCGGCGCUUCAUCACUGAGAUCGCAGACUUUCAUUUUUGUGACACUGCUGCAUGCGUUAGUUCGUCAUUCAGGUCAGGCAAGGUCGCAUCCAUGCUCGGCGCAGAGGGACUUCAUCAAACAGGAUCGUCUAUUGCCGUGAUCCGACAGCUGUUUGAUCUGGGGGUAAGAUACAUCACUAUUACGCAUAAUUGCGACAAUCCAUAUGCGACGGCGGCAUUCACUGUCACAGAGACAGGGGAAGACGGCGGUUUGACAGAGUUUGGAGCCGCUGGCAUCCGAGAGAUGAAUCGCCUGGGGAUGAUGGUUGACCUCGCACACACCUCUCACCAAACCAUGCGACAAGUUCUGGACAUUACAGCAUCUCCCGUCAUAUUCAGUCAUAGCGCCUGUUAUGAACUCGCGAGAAACUAUCGCAAUACGCCCGACGAUGUGCUCGCACGGUUGAAGGACAACGGUGGGGUGCUCAUGGUCAUGUUCGUGAAGCGCUUCCUGAACGCAGAGAAUCCAGACGCGGCAGACGUGGAGAGUGUAGUAGACCACAUCAUGCAUGUGGUUGAAGUGGCAGGAUGGGAUCAUAUUGGUAUCGGCGGAGACUUUGACGGGACUGUAACGCUUGCCAAUGGCAUCAGCUCUGUGGCAGACUAUCCGGUGCUCAUACAGGCAGUGAUGAAACGGGGUGCAACAGAUCAAGAGAUCAGGAAACUUGUGGGAGAAAACCUGUUGAGAGUUUGGAGCGAGAAUGAGAAAGUUGCGGCCCAGCUGUCAGCUCAGAUACGACCGGUUGAAGACGUGUGGGUGGGAAGGAGAUUUUUGCGAUGGAACAACCCUCUGCCGUUUAUGAUUCCGAACAAUCCCAACAGAAUUGCGGCUGCCGACUAUCCAUGA